AUGGAUCGUGCUCCAAAUUUGAAUGAUUUGACAGAAAUGGAAAUUAUUCAGCGGGGGGCAUACAAAUGGAUACUACUUGUUGGGGAUAGUGGAUAUCCAGCUAAGAGAUGGCUGCUAACCCCCUACCUGGCAACACAGAAUGCAGAAGAAGGCUACAACCGAAGUCACAAAAUCACACGAGCUCUUGUGGAGAGAUCUAUUGGACAACUCAAGAAAAGGUUUGGUGUUCUCCAUGGAGAAAUAAAUUUGGAGCCACAAAAAGUUUGCAACAUGUUGUGUUCUGCACAGCAUCUGCAAAGAGAGAGGAAUCCCUAUUAACUGCGAUGAUGAUUAUGAUGACGAGGAUGAUAAUGCAGAUGAUCAACUG